AUGCCUCUGAAAAAAACUCCAUUCUCUCUCAUAUCUGAUAUCAUUUCGAAUAUAAAAAAUGGAAAUAAGAACAAUGAAUGGACAAGUAUGAGCAGACAGACCUCUUAUGAUAGCAUUAAAGAGUUAUAUAUAUCCGAUUUAGGGUACUUUAAAAUAGUUAAGGUGCUGUUAAGAGGGUUAUCGAGUACAGUGUGUUUAUGUGAAUGGGUAAUUGACUCUAGAAAAACUUUAGUUUUGAAAAAUUAUGUAAAUUAUAUAAAUAAUGAUAUACUAGGUUGUAACAUAAAAAUAAAUGAAUCGAAUGAUACAUACUCAGAAUAUAGUAUUUUGGACGCGGACGAAACGACAAGCAUCCGUUCAUCUAUCGAAAGAAGAUUUGGAGAUACAAAUAGGUAUCGACAGGUAUCUGAAGGAAAUCAAAAAGAGAAACAACAAAAUGGGGAAGAACCUUUAAGACAUGGGGAAAGUGAAAACAGGGACAAAAGAGAAGAAGAAAUGGAAGCAGAAGAAAUAGAAGAGGAGGAAAAGGAUGAACGCAAAAUAGAAGAGGGCGAAAUGGAUGAAGACGAAAAGGAAAAAACUUUUACCUUUGCUUAUAUCAAUAGACAGAGAAAAAAUGAAUGCAUCAUUGAUGCUAAGAAGAGACAAAAUCAGAACAAUAAUUACUGCUACAGUGUUGCCCAUGAGGAGAGUGAAAAUAAAAUUCUCCAUAUAGUUUUAAAAGUAAAACACAAAGAAUUAUAUUAUAAGGUUAGCGAAAUUGAAGAAUUGAGGCGCGAAAUUGGAAUACAUAAAAAUUUAAAACAUUGUAACAUUUUGCAAAUGAUAUUAAGUGCAGAAGAUGAAAACGAUAUUUGGGUAUUUCUAGAAUAUUCUUCAGUUGGUGAUUUAUACACAUAUGUUGGUUUUAAUAUAUUAGGUGAAAUAGAAGUAAAAAUAAUCGUCUGUCAGAUUUUAUUUGCUCUUUAUUACCUUCAUAUUAAGGGGAUAAUACAUUGUGAUAUAAAACCACAGAAUUUGUUGCUUUUUCAUUUAGAAGAAUCAUUCCCUUUUAAUUCUGAUAUGUUGCCUGAUUUGAAAUUACCACAUGGUUCUAAGUGUAAAAAACUAAAUAUUACGAAAUUGAUAAGCUCUAUUAAUGAAAAUGUCGCCAAUCACCCAAAUGACAACACUUUUAAAAAUAUCGUGAAAAUUGGAGAUUUUGGGUUGUCAGUGAGAUGCGCCUUUGAUGAGUUUUAUCCAUACAGAGGAAUUCGGGGAAGUUACGGAUUUAUCGCCCCAGAGUUGUUUCAGGAAUCCGAUUUUAACAACAAAAUUGACAUGUGGGCACUAGGUAUAAUAAUCUACAUCCUUUUAGGUGGUUAUAAACCAUUUUAUCCUUGUUCUAGAUUUGAGGAAAAAGUGACAUUUCAUGAAAGAUACUGGUUUAACAUAUCUUCGGAAGCUAAGAAUUUUAUUCAGUCCCUCCUCCAGAUUAAUCCAUCCAAAAGGUUGAACGUGAUUGAGGCUAUAGAUCACCCAUGGAUAAGCAGCUACUUUAUUAGCACGUAA